AUGGUGAUGGCGACAAGAACGUCCCGACUCAUGAUACCGUUCCCACUUCCACGGUCACGUCCUCUGUUCAUUCGCCAUCUGAGAUCACUUCGUCGGAUCGCGCCAAAGCUGAACGAAAAACAAAAAGGCGGCUAUACUCUGAUCGCCGAGCUGGUGCACAGGGCCGGCGACAACCCCAUUGCGGGCGACGUGGUGGAGAGGGCCCGCGAACGGCCCAAUCUUCGCGCCUCGGUCCACGACGGCGACCGGACCAAGGGUGAUGACGAAGGCAAGGAUGCUUCGCCUAUUCCCGAAUCUAUCUCGGGGGCCGCAUCAAAGAACCAAGCGCCGGUGCAGCAGGUGGAUCAACAGGACGAGAGGGACCCCAAGAGCGACGGUAGCGACGGCGGGAACAACAGCAGCAGCAGCAGCAGCAGCAGCAGCAGCAGCAGCAGCAGCAACGGCAACAGCAACGACGGCAGCAGCCACAACAGCAACGACAGCAGCAGCUACGACGGCAACGACAAGAAAGGACCUACGUACUCACCCGACCACUUCCAGCUCCACCCGGACUUCGACGUGCUUGUCGGAGACUUCCUGCACGGGAGACUCCCGAACCCCGCCAAGACGGCCAUGGUGUACGCCACGUCCAUCGACGGCUCCGUCGUGCACGUCACGGCCACCGGAAGGCCGUCGGGGGACCUCGAGGACCGGACCAUCGAACCGGCGUCGCUGACGAGGCGGACCUUGCUAGAGGCCAACCCGCGAUGCAUGUCGAAGGAGGUCUUGGUGGACGGAUCCAUCGUCCUUCGGAAGUCCGGGCCUUCCUGGUUCGGUUUUCUCCAGAAAGACUUCACGUACGAGGUCCGAGUGACGGAGGACGGGGUUGCCGUGUCGCGAGGCGGCAAGUACGACUGGGGCAUCCAGGCCCGGGGACCUCUGGCGCAAGUCUUCCCAACCACCAUUUGUUUUCGCGACAAGUAG